UCCUCUGCGGCGCUCUCUGAUGACGUCACUCCGGCUGCCAAUAGCUAGCAGACGCGCCUGAUUCGGGCUUGUGUGGUUCGGUUCGUGGUCUGACAGCGGCUGGGAUGGCGGCACCUGCUGUUACCAUGGACAACCUGGAUGAGCUGCUGAAAGAGACCGAACAUCUUGCAAGACACAUGUCUACAUACCAGCAUGAAGUUGCCCCCGACCUGCUGACUACUGGGAUGCAAGGCAGUGAGGAAUUAUUACAACAUUGUGAAGAAAUUUGGGCACAGAUUGGGCAGUGCCAGAACCAGCUCAUGGUAAUGGAACCAGAAACUUUGCCUGAUUCUGAUGUGCAGCUAUUUCUUCUCAUGAUGAAAGCAAAGGCUCUCACAGUUGAGUACGAGCAGUGGCAAGAGACAUCACCCGAGAUAAUCUCCAACAACCAGGACGUUCUGCUCGCCACUGGAAAAGAAGAGUUGCAAAAUGUUGAUCAGGACGUUGAGAUGAUGCUCUCGGCAGUUCGGGCGGAGAACAAGAAACUGAAGAGUGAUUUGGAAAAAGAGCAACGCUGGUUGGCGGAACAGGAGGAAGUAUUGGAAGCACUGAAAGGAAAGCUGGAGGAAGUAAAAAAUCACACCGAAAACAUUUCUGAGAAAAGAACAUUUCAGGAACUCAAAAGUAAACUUCAGAAAGUGAAAGCCUACAGGGAAGAACUGCUGUCUGCUUUUGGAGACUUCUUAGAAGAGCAUUUUCCUGUUCCUCACGAGCUUGAAAGGAGUCUCAAGAAGAAAAAGGGUAUCUCUGCAGAGCCUGAGGUGCAGUGGAUACGUCUACACGCUAUUUUAGAGACUCUCAUCAACCAGCUCACGAACACCCCCAACGAUCCCUAUAUUAUAGUUAAGGACGAGUACUGGCCUCCUUACAUUGAGUUGUUGCUCCGCUUUGGAAUUGCAUUGAGACAUCCAGCAGAUGCAAAUCGAAUACGCCUGGAGGCUUUUCACCAAUGAACAUUAUUAUUUUACAGACUUUCUUUUAAAAAUGCACUGCGCGCCUUCAUUUAUAUAUUUUACUACCAACUUUAUGUAGAAAAUGUUUUUUAUCGGAAAUAUUUUAACCUGUAGUUGCGACCGCAAUUUUUUUAAAUUCUGAAAUAAAUCUCAUCCUUUUAAA